GGUCAGUCUCCGCUGGGCGCUCCGGGGAUCAGCUGGCGGGCGGGCGGGCGCCGAACGCGGCCCCGGCUCUCGCUGCAGCGCCGCCUCUUCUCCGCGUCUUAGGCCGGCCCGGCGGCCGUGACAAUGUUGCAGGGCUGGUAGCUGGGCGCCAGCCGCCGAGCUGUCUCAAGUUUAAACUUACACGAAUCGCUCUCUUGAGGAGGAGGGGACCGCGGCGCGAUUGACACGCAUAUUCCUAUAGGCAUCCUCCCUCAGCCCCCACCCCCACGGCCGGAUUCGGGUGGCUCCUCUCUGAGCUGAAAUCCGAGAAGAAAUCCUUGGAUCUCUUGUUUUCUUUAAAAAAAAAAAAAAAAAAAAAUCCAGAAACCGUCGGUAUUUUGCUUUACUGCUUCCUAUUCGCAAGAUGAAGAAGUUUUUCGACUCCCGGCGAGAGCAGGGCGGCUCUGGCCUGGGCUCCGGCUCCAGCGGAGGUGGGGGCAGCACCUCGGGCCUGGGCAGUGGCUACAUCGGAAGGGUCUUUGGCAUUGGGCGACAGCAGGUCACUGUGGACGAGGUGUUGGCGGAAGGUGGAUUUGCUAUCGUGUUUCUGGUGAGGACAAGCAAUGGAAUGAAAUGUGCCUUGAAACGCAUGUUUGUCAACAAUGAGCAUGAUCUCCAGGUGUGCAAGAGAGAAAUCCAGAUAAUGAGAGACCUAUCGGGGCACAAGAACAUUGUCGGUUACAUUGACUCCAGUAUCAACAAUGUGAGCAGUGGUGAUGUAUGGGAAGUGCUCAUUCUGAUGGACUUCUGUAGGGGAGGCCAGGUGGUCAACCUGAUGAACCAGCGCCUGCAAACAGGUUUUACAGAGAAUGAAGUGCUUCAGAUAUUUUGUGAUACCUGCGAAGCUGUUGCCCGCCUGCAUCAGUGCAAAACUCCUAUUAUCCACCGUGACCUGAAGGUUGAAAAUAUCCUCUUGCAUGACCGAGGCCACUACGUCCUGUGUGACUUUGGAAGCGCCACCAACAAAUUUCAGAAUCCACAAACUGAGGGAGUCAAUGCAGUAGAAGAUGAGAUUAAGAAAUACACAACGCUGUCCUAUCGAGCACCAGAAAUGGUCAACCUGUACAGUGGCAAAAUCAUCACUACGAAGGCAGACAUUUGGGCUCUUGGAUGUUUGUUGUAUAAAUUAUGCUACUUCACCUUGCCAUUUGGAGAGAGUCAGGUGGCAAUUUGUGAUGGAAACUUCACAAUUCCUGAUAACUCUCGAUAUUCCCAAGACAUGCACUGCCUAAUUAGGUAUAUGUUGGAACCAGACCCUGAUAAAAGGCCGGAUAUUUACCAGGUAUCCUACUUCUCAUUUAAACUACUCAAGAAAGAAUGCCCAAUUCCUAAUGUACAGAACUCUCCCAUUCCUGCAAAGCUUCCUGAGCCAGUGAAAGCCAGUGAGGCAGCUGCAAAAAAGACCCAGCCAAAGGCCAGACUGACAGAUCCCAUUCCCACAACAGAGACUUCAAUUGCACCCCGUCAGAGGCCUAAGGCUGGGCAGACUCAGCCAAACCCAGGAAUCCUUCCUAUCCAGCCAGCCCUGACACCUCGGAAGAGAGCCACGGUUCAGCCCCCACCCCAGGCUGCAGGAUCCAGCAAUCAGCCUGGUCUUUUAGCCAGUGUUCCCCAGCCAAAAACCCAGCCCCAACCCAGCCAGCCUCUACCCCAGUCUCAGCCCAAGCAGCCCCAGGCUCCACCCACCCCACAGCAGACGCCGCCCACCGCCGUCCAGGCUCUGCCCACUGCGGCCCAGGCCACGCCCCAGCACCAGCCGCAACUCUUCCUCCAGCAGCCGCCGCCGCCGCAGCAACCGCCCCAGCAGCAGCCGCCACCUGCCCAGCAGCCCGCGGGCACGUUUUACCAGCAGCAGCAGCAGCAGCAGGCCCAGGCCCAGCAGUUUCAGGCAGCACACCCAGCCGCCCAGCAGCCGGCCCUCGCCCAGUUCCCCGUGGUGUCGCAAGGCAGCUCCCAGCCGCCGCUGACACAGAACUUCUACCAGCAGCAGCCGCCGCAGCUGGCCGCGAGCGUGCACCAACAACAGCUGCUGACUCAGCAGGCCGCCUUGCAGCAGAAGACCGCCGCGGCGGCCGGACAGCAGCCCCAGGCGCCGCCCGCCGCAGCCCCGCCGGCGCCCACGGCCCAGGAGCCGGCGAUUCAAGCCCCAGUAAGACAACAGCCAAAGGUUCAAACAACCCCACCUCCUGCCGUCCAGGGGCAGAAACUCGGAUCUCUCACUCCUCCAUCAUCCCCUAAGACCCAACGUGCUGGGCACAGACGGAUUCUCAGUGACGUAACCCACAGCGCAGUCUUUGGGGUCCCUGCCAGCAAAUCCACCCAGCUGCUCCAGGCAGCUGCAGCUGAGGCCAGCCUCAAUAAGUCCAAGUCUGCAACGACCACUCCAUCAGGCUCUCCUCGGACCUCCCAGCAAAACGUUUAUAAUGCUUCAGAAGGUUCUACGUGGAAUCCCUUCGAUGAUGACAAUUUCUCCAAACUCACAGCUGAGGAACUGCUGAACAAGGACUUUGCCAAGCUGGGGGAAGGGAAACAUCCUGAGAAGCUUGGAGGCUCUGCUGAGAGUUUGAUCCCAGGCUUUCAACCAGCUCAAGGUGAUGCUUUUGCCACUCCCUCGUUUUCCGCCGGAACCGCUGAAAAAAGGAAGGGUGGGCAGACUGUGGAUUCUAGCCUCCCACUUCUAAGUGUAUCUGAUCCUUUCAUUCCUCUUCAAGUACCUGAUGCACCAGAAAAACUAAUUGAGGGACUCAAAUCUCCUGACACUUCUCUCCUGCUCCCUGACCUCUUGCCUAUGACAGACCCUUUUGGUAGCACGUCCGAUGCUAUAAUUGAAAAAGCCGAUGUUGCCGUUGAGAGUCUCAUACCAGGACUGGAGCCCCCAGUGCCCCAGCGCCUUCCAUCUCAGACGGAAUCUGUGACCUCGAACCGCACAGAUUCUCUCACCGGGGAAGAUUCCCUGAUUGAUUGCUCCCUGCUUUCUAACCCUACUACUGACCUUCUGGAAGAGUUUGCCCCCAUAGCGAUCUCUGCUCCAGCCCAUAAAGCUGCAGAAGAUAGUAAUCUCAUCUCAGGUUUUGAUGUCCCUGAGGGCUCGGACAAGGUGGCAGAAGAUGAAUUUGACCCUAUUCCUGUAUUGAUAACCAAAAACUCACAAGGUGGGCACUCUAGAAACAGCAGUGGGAGCUCUGAGUCCAGUCUUCCCAACCUAGCCAGGUCUUUACUGCUGGUGGAUCAGCUCAUAGACCUGUAGCCGUGACCCAGUAGCAGAUGCAGUUCUGUAACCUUCACACCGUAAUAUAUGUUUUCAUUACGGAGUUAUAAGAGAAAUGAUUUUUUUUAAAAAUCUGCUAAUAAGGGGCCCUCUAGCCCUUAUCUCCUAUCCCUUGCCUUCUCCUGUAGAAAAU